AUGGAUAACAACCUGUGGACCCGCCGCACAAACUCUGGCAAGCUUUCACUCUCGACAAAUGGUAGUCCCGCGCCGGGCGGUGACGCCAACCGAAACGGCUCCUUUGCCAAACGAUUCGGCGGCGAUACGUCCUCACACGGCGGCAAAUCAAAUCCAUUCAACAACGUAACGACUCCCGGCGCAGGCGGCAUGGCGUCCCCCACCGCCGCCGGUGCGGCCAACGCCUUUGGCCUGGGCUCCGGCGCCUUUGCUUCCUUCGGCUCGGCCAAGACCCCCAAGUCCCCCGGCAACCCGUUCGACCUCGCCAUGGGCAAGAUGGGCGCCAAGGCGGCGACGUCGCACGAUCUGGCGGCCAAGGUGCCCUCCAUCGCCCCGAUCCCCGAGAGAAAGGCCCUGGGCUCGCAGCCCGCCUCGGCCCGGACGUCCUCGGAGCAGCUCCGCGUCCACCCCCUCAAGUACGAGUGGGUGACGUGGUGCCGGCCGCCCCAGCCAAAGGGGCAGCCGUACCAAGAGUACGCCAAGUCGCUGACGCCAAUGAUCCACUGCAACACCGUGGAGGAGUUCUGGGUCGGCUACCCCCACCUGAAGCGGCCCUCUGAGCUGUCCGUGGGCUGGGAAUACCACUUCUUCAAGCGGGGCAUCCGCCCAAUCUGGGAGGACGAGGAGAACAGAAGCGGCGGCAAGUGGGUGCUUCGUCUGAAGAAGGGCAUCGUCGACCGGUACUGGGAGGAUACCGUGUUUGCGCUCCUCGGCGAGGCCUUCAUCGACGCCAGCGAAGAGGUCUGUGGCGGUGUGGUGAGCGUCCGCAACGGCGAGGAUAUUAUCAGUAUCUGGACCCGCUCGACCGGCGGACGCGUGCUGAGGAUUCGUGAAACGUGGAAGUCGUACCUCAAGUGCCCGCCCAACACGCAGUUCGAGUUCAAGUCCCACGACGAGAGCAUCCAGCACCGAGCCGCCAUCGAGGAGUCCCGCCGCGAGAAGCAGCACGACAAACGCGGCAACAAACAGGCCACCGAAGAGCAGAAGCCCGCCGCUUCGUGA